CGGCUCGACCAAUCGUCUGCCACGUGUCCUAUCUACGUCUUCUCCCUUCCUCUCCAUCUCCUGUUGUGUCUGCUUCCUCCUUCGCUACAGAGGAGGAUGACGACUCUUUAUCGCUCUCAUCCUCUCCUGCAUCUCUCGCCCCUUCUCAUACCCCGUCCCCGUCGCCAUCGCCAUGAGUUUUCUCACUGAGCGAGCUCUUGGCGAUCACAUGCUGGCGCGACGUGGCGGCAUUUCGGCAAUUCGGCAAGUUUGUCAUCCGCGGCUAAGUCCAGAUCUGCUCCGACUCGCGCAGUUCUUCAGCACCACUGGGGUGUACGUGGCGGCGGAGUUCCGAUUCACGGGCCAUCGUCAAGCGAUCGUGUUGGCAGAGGCGUCGACUGUUCGACAGCUGUCAGCACCGGGAGUUAGCCACGUGUCUACCGUCGUCAUCUCCAAUGGCGAUAUUAGCACGAUCAACCCUCUACGACACACGGUCAUCUGGACGUCGCUUAGGGAGUGGGGCCAGCAGCUGGCAACGGAGUGGAAUCAGUGGCUUACGAGCCGCGGUGACAAUCUUGUCCCCACGGACGACAUCGACGUGAGAGGGCUCCGAUCGUCUCGGCACGAGUCAGCGGUGGUGCUUCCUGAGCUCCUGACGUGGACGAGGGACAUAGAGCACCGUGCCUGGGUCGAAUACGUGGAGCUGCUGAUCAUCCAAGCUUGGACGACGGAGGUGAAAGGGGACCUCCUCGGAUUUCUAUCCGGAUCGGUGCGGCCCGGCCAUCGACAGCUGAUCGUACAGGAACUCACGAUUCCCCUCGCACAGCUGGUCGACGAUCUCCGUCUCGAUAUCGUUUCGCGGUGUGACGAAAGUCUGGUCCCGCACAUCCUUUCACGAACUUUGACGCCUUACCUACAGUGGUCGGCCUGCCUUGAGGAGCAAGGAGGUGACAGCAACCCGCCUUCGCAACGAGAAUACCUGGACCCGCGGAGGAUAAUCGACCUCUCCUUCUUUCAGCCUCAAACGGCCUCCGAGGAAGAAGGGCUAACGCAAGAGGAGGACGAAGAAGAGAACGAGGAAAAUAACGACGAAGAGAAUGACGAGGAGGAAGAAGAAGAAACCCCAGAAGAAGGGAGUUACAGCGAGCAUAGCGAGGGAGAGCAGAGCGAAGAGGAAGAGAACGAGGAACAAGAGGAGUCUGAGUGGGAAAGCUUGGGGGAGGAGGUGGGCCGCACAAAAGCCCAGGAGGAAGACCUAGAGGUGGCGGCGCGGCGCAGAGAAGAAAUCGAGGCCGGUAAGCAGCCGCUAGACUACGCAAGUACGGCGGAUCUGCCAAUCUCGAACGAUCCAACUAAGGAUCCGGAGCCACCCAAGCCGGAGGAUGGGGACCUUGCUACCGAGACUUCGAGCGCACCAGCCCGACGGCGACGAAGCCGAUCCCCCUCCCCCUCCACCUCCGCCCAUCCAUCAGUUCGAGCUCGUACCAAUGCGGGACAUCGGGCUUCGUCCCCGGUCCUUAUCCCGUCGUCCCUUUGACCACCUCACCCUCCGCCAGAUCACCACCCGCAUCACCUUCCCCCACAAUCCCUUUCCAAUCAACACCUUCCGAUUUU